AUGUUGGAGACUCGCAAUUUUCAGUCGUUACCCUUGUCAAGGUCUAUGCCCGUUAAUGCUCCUUUAUCCGAACCUUCUGUAGGCAAUCCUCGGUCAUCGACCAUAGUAGAGCAACCCGUUAAUACUGACGCAAUAGACCAUGAUAAUGGGGAAGAAUGGGGCGAUUAUUCGGCACAGGACAGCGUGGGAGACUCAACAGAGAUUCCGGAAGCGUCAGAUUCGCCUGAAGCUUCCGAAAACGGAGUCGAACAGCCUCAGAGCGAUUAUGUCCGCCCAAUGACGUACCACCAAGCGCAGGCACCGACACCCGCUCUCGACUGCGCCCCCAGAAGAGGAUAG